AUGGGGUUGAAUAUCGCGAUGGUUUGUGAUUUCUUCUACCCGCAGCCGGGUGGAGUGGAAUUGCACAUCUACCAGGUGUCGCAGCAGCUCAUCAACCGCGGGCACUCGGUGGUGAUCAUAACGCACGCCUACGACCAGCGGUCAGGCGUUCGAACGCUGUCAAACGGGCUCAAGGUGUACUACGUGCCGUUUUAUGUUAUUUAUAGGGAGUCUACGUUCCCAACUGUGUUUUCAUUCUUUCCUAUUUUCCGCAACAUUAUGAUACGCGAGCAGAUCGACGUUGUGCACGGCCAUGGAUCCAUGUCGAGUCUCUGUCACGAGGCGAUUAUCCACGGCCACACCAUGGGCCUAGCGACGGUAUUCACAGACCAUUCUUUAUUCGGGUUUGCCGACGCAGGCUCCAUUCUCGUCAACAAGCUGUUAAAGUUCACCUUGUCCGACGUGGAUCAUGUUAUUGCCGUCAGCCACACCUGUCGCGAGAACACGGUGCUGCGGGCCACGCUGAAUCCGCAGGACGUCUCGGUGAUUCCCAACGCAGUUAUCAGUGAGGACUUUGUUCCUGACCCAGCGGCCGCGGACCCGAGCUUUAUCACUAUAAUUAUUUGCAGCCGGCUGUUUGCCAACAAAGGCGCCGACCUCUUGCUGGCAAUUAUCCCCCGUAUCUGCAGCAUGCACUCCAACGUUCGGUUCAAGAUUGCCGGUAGUGGCCCCAAGGAGGUUGAUUUACAGCAAAUGAUCGAGCAGCACCGGUUGCAAGAGCGCGUUGAACUGAUAGGCGGUAUUCGUCACGAGCAAGUCCGUGAUCUCAUGGUCACCGGGCAAAUUUAUUUACACCCGACUCUUACCGAAGCGUUUGGAACCGUGAUAGUUGAAGCAGCGUCCUGUGGAUUGCUGGUUGUCACUACAAAGGUGGGGGGGAUCCCUGAAGUUCUCCCCAGCCACAUGACGGUUUAUGCGGAGCCCAGUGUCCAGAGUCUGGUUAACUCUACUUCCGAAGCCAUUAAAGCUGUGGAAAACAAUACUGUGGACACAACAACUUUUCAUGACGAGGUCAGAACCAUUUACUGCUGGUCAGAUGUGGCUGCUCGCACUGAGAAAAUUUACGAGGACAUUCUUGCCAGCGACCGGAGCGAAACGCUGGUGGAACGCAUGCAAAAACAUUACCAAUGUGGUCCAUUUGCCGGCAAACUGUUUGUCCUGUGUGUGGUUGUCGACGUGAUGCUGUUACACCUGCUGGAGUGGUUGUACCCGCGACGAAGCAUUGAUUUGGCCAAGAAAUGGCCGAUUAUAAAAUAA